UGGACCGGUUGUAGUUUCCUUAGCUACCUGGUCUCUCGGAGUCCAGCCAUCAUGCCUAUCCGUGCGCUGUGUACUAUCUGCUCCGACUUCUUCGAUCACUCUCGCGACGUGGCCGCCAUACACUGCGGCCACACCUUCCACUUGCAGUGUCUAAUUCAGUGGUUUGAGACAGCACCAAGACGGACCUGCCCACAGUGCCGAAUCCAGGUUGGCAAAAGAACCAUUAUCAAUAAGCUCUUCUUUGACCUUGCCCAGGAGGAGGAAAGUGUCUUGGAUGCAGAAUUCUUAAAGGUACUCAGAAAUGAUCUGAUUCUACUUAACUCCAAGUCUUCUAGGAAGAAGGAAAAACAGGACAGCCAGGUCAUCAUUGAUACUCUGCGAGACACACUGGAAGAACGCAAUGCCACUGUGGAAUCUCUGCAGCAGGCCUUAGGCAAGGCUGAGAUGCUGUGCUCCACACUCAAAAAGCAGAUGAAGUACUUGGAGCAGCAGCAGGAUGAGACCAAACAAGCACGGGAAGAGGCCCGCCGGCUCAGGAGCAAGAUGAAAACCAUGGAGCAGAUUGAGCUUCUACUCCAGAGCCAGCGGCCUGAGGUGGAGGAGAUGAUUCGAGACAUGGGUGUGGGACAGCCAGCAGUGGAGCAGCUGGCUAUGUACUGUGUGUCCCUUAAGAAAGAGUAUGAGAAUCUAAAGGAGGCACGGAAAGCCUCAGGGGAGCUGGCUGACAAGCUGAAGAAGGACUUGCUUUCCUCCAGAAGUAAGUUGCAGACAGUGUACUCUGAAUUGGAUCAGGCCAAGUUGGAGCUGAAGUCAGCCCAGAAGGACUUACAGAGUGCUGACAAGGAAAUCACGAGCCUGAAAAAGAAGUUAAAAAUGUUGCAGGAAACCUUGAACCUGCCACCAGUGACCAGUGACACUGUCAACCGCCUGGUUUUAGAGAGCCCAGCCCCUAUGGAGAUGUUGAACCUGAAGCUCCGUCCACCAUCCUUCAGUGAUGAUAUUGAUCUCAACACUACCUUUGAUGUGGAUACACCCCCAGCCCGGUCCUCCAUCUCCCAGCAGUGCCACUCCAACAAGCUCUGCCUAGAGAAGUCACGCUCUUCUAUUCAGGACGUCCCUAAGAAGGUACCCAAAGAUUCCAAACAGGAAUCUCAGCUGUCACUGGGUGGCCAGUGCUGUGUAGGAGAGCCAGAUGAGGAACUGGUUGGUGCCUUCCCUGUUUUCAUCCGGAAUGCCAUACUGGGCCAGAAACAACCCAAGAGGGCCAGAACAGAGUCCUGUCGCAGCAAAGAUGUGGUAAGGACAGGCUUUGAUGGGCUUGGAGGCCGGACAAAAUUCAUCCAGCCUACUAACACAGCCAUGAUCCGACCACUGUCUGUUAAGCCCAAGGCCAAGGCUAAGCAGAGAGUGGGGGUGAAGACAGCACACACUUUCUCCCAAACCAAGCUGGAUACCUUCCUAUGGUAGUUAAAACAGUGAGUCUGAGCAGUGGCCAGACAUACACCUUUACCUUGUAGACCAAGGACUGGCUAGGCAGGGCAUUUUUAGGGGAUAGUGCUUCUGCCAAGACCAGUCCUGAAGCAUGGCCAA